AUGGAAGAAUUGUGGUCCACCUACGAUGCGCACGUAGCAUCAUCGUGUAAUUCGUACUGCCUCACCAAGAACAUGGUUUGUGAGAAGCAUUUUAAGAAGUUGCCUGAAUAUGAUGGUUUGGUCUCUGAAUUCCUUCUGAAAGCUUGGGAAGGGAGCAUGAUACAGUCAGACAAAGGAGCAGACCCACCAGACAGCAAGGACAAGAAGGACGAGAAGCUUUCUACGGUAACCAAUCCAGAGAAUGGUGCAGAAAUUCUGAUAGAUUUUUGUGAUUCCUAUAAGGAGUUUGUCAUACAUGUCCUCUCCUCUCCUCAUGAGCCCCUGGCACCUCCCCGUGGUCUGAAUUGUCCUUCACAUUUACACCUGCCUUUCCACCCGUCACCCCAUCUCUGCCCUCUCCCGUUUGUAGGUACCUCCCAAAUCCUGAGGCUUGUGCUACAAGAGCUGAAUCUGUUCUAUAGCCGAGACGUGAAUGGAGUGUGUCUCCUGUAUGACCUCCUUCACUCCCCGUGGCUGCAGGCUCUGCUCAAGGUUUAUGACUGCCUCCAGGAAUUUAAAGGAAAGAAGCUCAUUCCUGCCACAUCCCAUGCCCAGGCGUUAUCCUACGAGGUAGUGAAGAUAUUAUGUGAAACCCCCAAGUCCCCUGAGAUCCAAGAGCUGAGACAAAUCCUCCAGGCUCCACACUUAAAGGCCUUGCUCAGCGCCCAUGACAUCGUGGCUCAGAAAGACUUUGAACCACUUCUCCCUCCACUGCCAGACAACAUCUCUGAGAGUGAGGAAGCAAUGAGGAUUGUUUGCUUGGUGAAAAACCAGCAGCCCCUGGGAGCUACCAUCAAGCGCCACGAGAUGACAGGGGACAUCCUGGUGGCCAGAGUCAUCCAUGGUGGGCUGGCAGAGAGGAGCGGGUUGUUAUAUGCUGGAGACAAACUGGUGGAAGUGAAUGGAGUUUCAGUUGAAGGACUGGACCCUGAGCAAGUGAUCCAUAUUCUGGCCAUGUCUCGUGGCACAAUCAUAUUCAAGGUGGUUCCAGUUUCUGACCCUCCUGUUAAUAGCCAAAAGAUGGUAUAUGUUCGUGCCAUGACUGAGUACUGGCCCCAGGAGGAUCCCGCCAUCCCCUGCAUGGAUGCUGGCUUGCCUUUCCAGAAGGGGGACAUCCUCCAGAUUGUGGACCAGAAUGAUGCCCUCUGGUGGCAAGCCCGGAAAAUCUCAGACCUUGGUACCUGUGCUGGCCUAAUCCCUUCUACCCACCUUCUGAAGAGGAAGCAACGGGAGUUCUGGUGGUCUCAGCCAUAUCAGCCUCACAACAACCUCAAAUCCACCAUAUCGAUUUCUAUUGAAGAAGAAGAUGACAUGAAGAUUGACGAGAAAUGUGUGGAAGCAGAUGAAGAAACAUUUGAAUCUGAGGAACUUUCAGAAGACAAGGAGGAAUUCGUUGGCUAUGGCCAGAAGUUCUAUAUUGCCGGUUUCCGUCGCAGCAUGCGCCUCUGCCGCCGCUGGUCCCACCUCAGCCAGCUGAGAGCCAAGGUAUGCGGCGCCAGCACCUGCUCCGGCGCAGCGGGCGCCCCGUACGAGGAGGUGGUGCGGUACCAGCGACGCCCUGCAGACAAGCACCGCCUCAUCGUGCUCGUGGGACCUUCUGGUGUUGGAGUAAAUGAACUGAGGAGACAACUCAUUGAACUUGAUCCGAACCGUUUUCAAAGUGCUGUGCCACAUACUACUCGUUCCAAAAAGAGUUAUGAAAUGGAUGGCCGUGAGUAUCACUAUGUGUCAAAGGAAACAUUUGAAAGCCUCAUGUAUAGUCACAGGAUGCUCGAGUAUGGUGAGUACAAAGGCCACCUGUAUGGCACUAGUGUGGAUGCUGUUCAAGCAGUCCUUGAUGAAGGAAAGAUUUGUGUCAUGGACUUAGAGCCUCAGGGUAUUCAAGUGGCUCGAACCCAUGAACUGAAGCCCUAUGUCAUAUUUAUAAAGCCAUCUAGCAUGAGUUGUAUGAAGCAAUCUCGGAAAAAUGCCAAGAUCAUUACAAACUACUUUGUGGACAUGAAGUUCAAGGAUGAAGAUCUACAAGAGAUGGAGGAUUUAGCCCAAAAAAUGGAGACUCAGUUUGGCCAGUUUUUUGAUCAUGUGAUUGUGAAUGACAGCUUGCAAGAUGCAUGUGCCCAGUUGUUGUCUGCAGUUCAGAAGGCUCAGGAGGAGCCUCAGUGGGUACCAGCAACAUGGGUUUCCUCUGAUACUGAAUCUUAAGGAGGCCCUUCUGCUUAAUACUGGAGUUUUAACAAUGUUCACCUAUUACAGAGAGCUGGAAAAACAGCUGCAAUCUAAAACAGCACUAUUGUAUUUGCCCUAUUAUAAUGUGUGCAACUUUAAAAGUACUGCAGUUCGUUAAUUAAUCUUAUUUGAAAAAAACCUGUAUUGUAUGGUUAUGUAGAGUUAUCUACUUGGCUUUCAGGGAAAAAUGUGUUCCUUUACCUCAUAUGCAGCAAUUGGUAGGAAUAUGAACAAUGUUAAGUCACUGAAUAAGAGAACCUUUCACAGAUUUCAGAUGGCUUUUGUAUGAUUCAG